CGUCCUGGCGAGACGUCGAUGCUAUGACGUCAGCGCGUCACCGAGACGUGGCACGUCCUCGGAGCAACUAUCCGUCCUGUGUCUCAGCGGCGAGCAGCAGCCAGGAAGCGACACCGCUCGGAAGCUCCAGCUCCAGGACAUGGCGUCGAACAGCGGAUCCGUGGGCAAGUGGGAGGUGGUGGGGAAGAGCAAGAAGAGCAGCUCCGGAGGGAAGAACUCGGCGGACAAGAAGAGCGGAGCCAGAAAAGCUCUCGGAGAGUCGAACCUCCCCACCAGACCGCCAAUGAAGAUGUCGACCACUCUGUUCGAAAACUUCGACAAGAUCGGGAAGAAGCAGAACAAGGAGCAGGUCCCGCCGCCCGCCUCGCCCCAGAGCAAGAAGACCACGGCCAGCAAGCCAUCCAAGAAGCCGGCGGCCAGCAGCCCGCCCGGGCCCCCGACACACAAGACCCUGGAGGAGGCCUUCAAACACCUGGACAUGGCCGACCUGAAGCAGCAGCUGGCUCGCAGCCAGAGCCUGUUCCCAGAGAACCCGUCCGUGUGGGUGAAGGACCUAGCCGGCUACCUCAACCUGAAGCUGACCGCGCCAGACACCGAGCCCACGCUUAGCAGCUACGCUCACGACUACCCCUACUGCCUGACCAACAAGGAGCUGAAAGGUGUCAUCAGGAGCCUGAUGGGACGCUGCGCCGACGUCAUGCCGGACUUCUUCAGCCACUGCAUCUACACCAUGCUGCGGGAGCUGGACCGGCAGUCAGGUGAGCCGCUGCACGGCUACCGAGUCUGCAUCCAGGCCCUGCUGCAGGACAAGCCCAAGAUCGCCACGCAGAACCUGCCCGAGUACCUGGAGCUGCUGCGCUCGGUGCAGAACCGUCCCGUCAAGUGUCUGACCAUCAUGUGGGCCCUGGGUCAGGCUGGAUUCCACGACCUCAGUCAGGGACUCAAAGUAUGGCUGGGAAUCAUGCUGCCGGUGCUGGGGAUGAGGUCUCUGUCUGCCUACGCCAUCUCGUACCUGGAGCGCCUCCUGCUCCUCCAUGCAAACCUGACCAAGGGCUUCGGCAUCAUGGGUCCCAAAGAGUUCUUCCCUCUGCUGGACUUUGCUUUCAUGCCCAAGAACGCGCUGUCGUCCAGUCUGCAGGACCAGCUGCGCCGCCUCUACCCGCGGCUCAAGGUUCUGGCCUUCGGAUCCAAGCCUGAGAACACGCUGCACACGUACCUGCCCUCCUUCCUGUCCAGAGCCACGCCCCACUGUCCCGACGACAUGAAGAGAGAGCUCCUCAGCAGCAUGACCGAGUGCCUGUGCGUGGACGUGCAGAGUCUGGGCGUGUGGCGGCAGCUCUACACCAAACACCUGCCUCAGUCCAGCCUGCUGCUGAAUCACCUGUUCAAGACCUGGAACGUCCUACCACCAAAGCUGAGGACCAACCUUGAAGAAACCAUCCAGUCCUUCCGCGUCACCAACGAGGAGAUGAAGGAAGCCAUCGAGUCUCACGAGCUGAACGAGUGCAACCACAUGUGCCAGAACCUGCAGAUGAAGAUGCGGGGCCGAGGGUUCCCGUGGUCCAAGCUGCUGAUGGUGGCGCUGCUCUUCCUGGUGACCUUUGUGGCCCACGACGUCCGAUCUCACGGCUCAUUCACAGAGUCCACCACCGCCGGGUACCUGCGCCACUCGGGGCUGAUGGCGGCGUCGCAGCAGGCCUGGGGCAGAGUGGUGCUCUACUCCAAACAAGGCUUCAGCUGGAUGGAGACCAACACGCCGCACUACUACUCAGAGUGUGUGCGCAUCAUGGGCCCUGUGAUGGAGAAGGCUUCUGAGAAGACCAAAGCCGGCGCCGUGGUGGUCGCCGAGAACACCAGACACCUGCUCCACUGGGUCAGAGACAGCACGCCGCUGGUGCUGGAAUGGGUCAUCGCCAACACGCCCGACAGCGUCUUCCAGGCGUUGGCCUACCUGAGGCAGCUGCUGCUCUUCCUCCAUCACAACUACAUCCUGCCGGCGCUGGCCUUCGUGUCGGAGCUGCUGCAGCGGGCCUGGCUGCAGCUGCAGGACUCGUGCGGCGGCGAGGUGUCCGUGUCCUGCCUGCAGGACCACGCCGUCUCCCUCACCAACUCCACCUGGCAGCUGCUGCAGCACACCACCGCGGCCAUCAAGACCUGGGCUCAGGAGUGGCUGACCCGGGCGUGACGCCCGCCGCCUCAGCCGGGUCCAGCCGGGUCCAGCCGGGUCCAGCCGGGUCCAGCCGGGUCCAGCCGGGUCCAGCCGGGGUCUGGCACCAGGUUCCACUCAACCUUUGGAGGAUUGUUUUCUAUUAACUUUUCACCUGUGAGUUUUCUACAGCGACUGGUUUGUAGAAAACCUUUGUAGAUGAUUUCUAAGCAUUUUUUAUUUAAGAAAAAAAGGUUGUGUGGAAAGUUUCUGUUGGAUUUGACCAAAACAGUAUUGGACUCAUCAGCUGGUUUUAUUGAGAUCAAGGACGGGGGCGCCCCCUGCCGGUCCUCCACGGCCACCGCAGCCUUCUGUUCCCACCUUUAAUCCGCAUCACUCACCAAGUUGUGUGAUGGUCUUUUGCUUUCUACUGUGAUUUAUAAUAAAGAACUGAACCCCA